AUGCGUCAGCCACUCCUUCUCUCCAGUGUAUUCAUCGCAACCGCCUUCGCGGCAUCAUGUGACCGAACCUUCCUCAAUGACUUCACGGCGCUCUACAUCUCCGCCCAAACCCGCGGCGACGCAUCUCUCCUCACCACCACGCUCCUUCAAAACUUUACCUACACCGAGCAAUUCCAACCAGCCAACAUAUCAGCCCCCACCUCCAUCCUCCAAAAGCCCCUCAACAUUACGACAUACCGCAGAUUUUUCGACACCGACCUCUGCACAGCAUUCACGGAAAUCAUUGUGACGGAUCCGAAGCACCCGUACGUCCUUGGCGUAAGAGUCGAAGGCGACGGGGACGUAGUGAGGAAGAUGGAGACGCUGGUUACCGACGAGGGGGACUGGUUGUUCAAUGCGACGGGGACGGCGUAUUACAACUCCCUUGAGAAAUGGGAGCCUAUCCCCGUCAUCGAACAGCUCAGCCGCACGGCGAUUCAAGCAGCCGGCGACGCGUAUUUUGACCGCUUCGGCAACGUCAAUGUCACCGUACCAUUUGGCACGCCUUGCGCGCGUCUUGAAGGAGGCGCUUACACGGAUGCGAAGUUGACUAAUACAUCGACCUGCCAUCUUGGGUUGCCGUCUACUGUUAAGCUUGUCGAUAGGCGUUAUGUUGUGGAUGUUGAGAUGGGGACUGUUAAUAUUUACGUUGGCUUUCCUGGGCUUGAUAGAGCAAGCAAGCUCCCUGCGCCUGAUAGCCAUACGUUUCGCGUUGAGAAGGGGAAGAUUAGGUAUGUUCAUACUAUUUCGACAUGUGAGGGACACCCGGGGUGCGGCUUGAAUGGGACGUAUGUGCCACUCAAAGGGUGA